AGUGCCCCUCCUACCAUCCUCUCCCAUGUGAUUGACCUGGAAACUUUGACAUCACCCUCAUCACGUGACAUGUUUGAAGAGUUCUUCAGCAACCCUCACCACUGUAUCGUGACAAAGCCUAUGCAUCAAAUACCUAUCCCAACCCCCCUGACAUUGAAAGAUUUCCUAAGCUUAGUGGAUGAACUCAGGACUUGCAGGGAUAAGCAGAUACAUUCAGGGUUAGCAAGAGGUCAAUAUGGAUGGAAUUAUCAAGAAAUAACUCAAGAAGAACUUCCAAUGAAUGUGGUAUGUGAACUAACAGUAGUGAAGAAAAAAAUUAAGAACUAGACUAAACUAUUUAACUCCGAGUGAAUAGCUCCAUAAGUUCUAAACUGUCCUCCCUGGAAGUCGAGGAGGAAAAUAUGCAAUUACGUAUAGGAAACUAAAUUAGAAUUUUUUGUUAAGAUUUUGCUUGGUUGGAUAAAAAAUGGGAAUGGCAAGCUGUAUUUCUGUGAUGGUACCUCAAGUAUUCUUUGUCUUAUUACUGAAAGUGAAGUUUCAGAAACCAUUCAUAAGUGUGAUGCUGGAUGCUUAAUAAACAGGUAAGGCUGGCAUGUCUGGUUAAUUAGUAACUGGGUAUAAUAUCAGACUUGUUUGCUCUCAGUUAGACUCUCCUCCAGCUAGAGCUCCCGUUCAUGAGUAAAAUCAAUGGCAUUGAGCAGAAGUGAAAUUAUAUAUGAAGUAUAUAGGCACAUUUGGGCACCAUUAAAUGAAUGUAAUUCCCCAAAGAAAUUACAUGCACGACCGGAACAUUUCCACACCAAAAUCUAGCACCUUUAACCGGGAUUGAUUUCGAGUCACAUAUGAUCAAUUUAAUUGCAUUCAUGACACAACGUUUCCAUUCGCUCCAGCAUAUACUGUCUGGGAUUAUCUAAGGUUCCAAUGUGGUCUGUUGUAUCCUUGACGAAUGGUUAUGCUAGAUAUCUUAAAUGUUUCCUAAAACAUUACUUCUUACCAUAUUCUAGACAUGAUAUGAACGGCCCAAUUUUACCUCGCACAGACAAAGUUAAACCAAUUUGCCCCUUGCCACAGACAACCCAUCUUGGAGCAAUUCUGAAACUGACGUCGUUUAAAAUUAUUAUUGAAACUUUCAAUGGUUUGGAAACUAUCAGUGAUGAAGAAGCAGAUAAAAGAGAUCCUUUAAGAAACAUAUAUUUGGUAUUUUCAGCACUUGAUGCAAUUAUUAUUGGAAAGGUUCCAGAAUCCGAUACUGUGGUUGUUUCCAAAAAGCAAAAAGUGGAGGAAAGUGUCAAGAAUGACAAGAACAAUGGGCCAGGUUGCAGGUUUGUGUUUCUUGUUAAACACAAAGAAUUACAAGCGGUCCAGUUUAAAAACAGUGCACCCUCGCUCACUGCCUGCGUUCAUGGCUAUAUACUUGCGAAACAUGAUUUGACUUCUCAAACUGACAAUGAAGGUGGUCUGGGGUCACAUCAGGACAAAAGUGGUGAUUUAGGAUCACAAAUUGUCAAGGAGGUUAAAACUGUCACAAAACAAGAACUAACAAUAGAAUUCACAAACAGUUGUUGGUUAGACUUGUUACAUCCAGGAAAGUUUUAUUACAUCAUUGAACUGGAUCACCCGAAUAAAACAUGCCAGAUUGAACAUGCAUUGAAAAGAAAGAUAUCUCUUAUUCCUAUGAGUUCGGAUGUAAGAUUUGAGGAAAUUAAUACUAGAGUAUUGUUAUGUGAUGAUUACAAAGACUGGGCUCUACUGGCUGAACAGUUUGCUGAAAUCAAUAGCGUGAGAAUGUAUCUGUCAAAGUGGGAAAAUAGGAAACCCAAGGAUAUGUUCAAGUAAGUUGCUAUACAUUUACAAUUUAUAAACAUUUGAGUUUACUUGUUUAACCCAUUAAACGUCUAUGACCGGAUGUUUGGCCAACAGAUAUUUGGCCGACAGACACUAGACGGACAGACGUUUGACCAACGGGACCUUUCACCGACAGACAUUUAACCGACAGGACAUUUGGCCGACAAGACAUAUUUAGCCGACAGGACAUUAGGCCAACAGGAUAAUUCACCGACAAGAUAUUUUAUUUCAAAUUUUCUAAAAUAAUGCUAAUGGGUAUAAUGAUGACUUAUUGGAUGACUCAUACAAAUUAAUCGGACUAUUUAGUCCAAUUAAUGACUCAUGCAGAUAUUGUUUCACGGUUUCAUUGUCUCAAAGCACUAACCAACUAAUGCCUUACCUUGCAAGGGUGUGAUUAUGGUUGUCCAGAUGUAGUAAUGCACCAAUAUCGAGUGGAAUAUCAGUAAAUUUCCAUAUUGGAACAGCAGUGCCGUAGCCAGAAUGAUAAUUGGGGGGGGGGGGGGAACAACGUGCAUGAAAAUAUGUCAUGAUUGCAGUUACUAAUAACAAUGCACCUGUUCUCUUCAGAUCCACAAAAUUCCUUGUGUCACUUCGUGGAAUAAUCCUCACACGUGACACAGUCCAUUCGAAUGAUAAGCAGUGCCCCUUUCCAAGCAUACCUAGUGGUCAGAUGUACCUACCUCGGUAUGGACUUAUCUCUGCUGUUCAUGCAUCGGCUCUCGGCCUUGGAUAUUGUUACCUGGGUAACCGAAGUAUGGUAUUGACAGUUCAAGAUAUAUUAACUGCUGACAGUGUCAAAAUGUAUUUGGAUUUUUCAACUCGGAUGUAUCCUAUUGGCUUACUCCCUGGGGCUGUGGUUACAUUUCGACAUUUGCAACAACAUAUAUCAAAACAAGGUCAGUCAAUGUAGAUGAGUAUUAAUCCACUGAGUGACAGCGCUCUCCCUUGUCAAGUAAAAUCAUCUGGCAUUAGACUGAGUAAAAUAACAAAGUAGGAUGCAUUCAGGGAUGGAUUUACUGUGGGUGGGUGCACCCCCUAGCCCUGGCCAGAGGGGGUGCAGGGGGGGGGGGUGCUAUUUUUCAUGAUAAAGCAAAAAAAUAUUAAGAGGCAAAAUGAGAUACAGUAAUUUGAGUAAUAACAUGAUGAUAAGCGAACUGUGAACAACAAUUACAAUUCAAAUACAGCAGUCAAGCAAGACUUUGCAGUAGUCAAGCAAGUUGAUGGGUGGGCGGCACACAUGACUGACACAACUCGGCACCAGAGCUGGCAGAGCACCCCCCCCCCCAUGCUGGAUCCAUCCCUGGAUGCAUUAGAGAACAUAAUACAAUUUAAAGGGUCAACAUGAUGCAUGGGCAGACUGAGUAAAUUUAUAAAGUGGGGCACAUCAGGGUGCAUUGCGACUUUAAGGGUUAAUCCAUUGAGCACCUGUGCUCUCACCUUUGUAGUUGACAAUGUGUACAUGGGUAUAGACCAUACUUCUCAAGGCUUUAGGCAUUAAUUAUUUUUAUUUAAAUUUACAGGAAACCUUUAUCUAACAUUUGAAGCAUGUUCAAGUAUUAGAAUUGAAUCUCUUCCAAUGACCACCAUACCACCAUCAAAUCAAACAAAGAAGAAUUUAUCUCAACACAGCUCGCUCAUUGAAUUGCGUCGAAUCAUAGACUACUUCAAUUUUCAAAGCCAUGGCAAACUGAUCUGCACUUUAUCGUAUGUUUUGUGUCGUAUCAUUGCCAUACAGAAAAUAUCACUUAAAUGGACAUGCUUAAAGUGUGGUCGGCUGCCUAGCAACUGUUAUUGCCACGUCAGUGGAACGACGCAGACAUGGGUAUUCAGUGCUCAAGCAAGGUAAGUUAUACUAUAAAUAAAGUUAUGAAUCACUUGUGUUAAAAGACUAUUAAGAUCACCAUGGCUGGUGUACAAGAUAGUGCAUAUUGUAAAAGGUAGUGCAUGUUAAUGUUGUCAUAACAAAGUUACCCUGAAGUUAUUUUGUACAAUGUAGUGCGGAUGUUAUGCUUACCAUGGUUCAUACACAAUUACAUCUCUUGUGUUCUCUCCCAGAUGACUAACUUCAUUAAGCAUUAGAUCAUGUCGAGGUAGUGCUGGCUGAUGUUCUUGAAUGUAAGGCUGGCCGUAAAGUUAUCUGUACAUCAGAACAGGGCAGGACAGGGGGGUUAACUUCCAAUUUCCUCCAUGCUGGAGGAGUAAUGAAUGUUCUCAGGAAAUGAUCCAUUAUGCUUCAACUCCACCAUAAUUCUGAAUAUUUUAUAUUUCAAAAGUUGUUUUCUUUACUUGCAUAGAUGCCUAGUUGAAGAUGGUACGGGGGAAGCAAUGUUAUUUAUAGAGGAUCAUGACCUGGUCAGACAAAUGUUAUUUCUUAAAGAAUCGACAUGGCUUGAGAUUAAAAACAUGUCAAGAAAACAUGGCGAAGUUUGGUACCAGAGAUCUGCUUAUUGGAAGGUAGGAAACAAGACACAAUCUUAGCGUUACAACAUACUGGGUUAACUUGUCUUAGCAUUGAAUUUAACAAUUUCGAGGCAUUGGAACUGUUUGUUAAAUGUUUUUAUAUGUCGAAAGUAAUUGUUUUGUUCAGAGGAAUGCUUUUGGACAAUUUUCAGAAACUCUGAAGUAUGUUGGGAAUUUUUUUUCAAUUUUUUAAAAAAUUCCUGUGGUCCCCCUUUGAUCAAAACAAUGAUUCUCUGUGAUAAAAACAGGUUUGAAAAAAAUUAGACUUUUUAGUCAAAUGUUAGGGGGAGCACAGGCAAUCAUAUAUUCCCAGUGCCCCCUCCCCCUAUUGUUUUCAUUAUCUUGUCCAAAGGCGCAUGUUCUCAUUCCAAAUGUAUGGGAAAUGGGCGGGUCCAAUUUCUUUCAUCAGAACAAUGAUUUCAAAUAAUUGGAAAUGUUUGUUAUAUGUAUAGAUGUAAAGGAAACACAAGCAUGGUGGUAAUGUAUUUUUAUGUGUUGUUAUUUUAUAGGAUGGAAGAGCUGGUGGUGAUAGCAAGGUUGAUAGGAGGUUAUCUUCCGUGGUUUCUUCACAUAAGCUGUAUCGGAGGAUUAAAAUAUUAUGCAAACAAUUCAAAAUGGCUUCUAUUCAAGGUAUGCUUUACAUGUAUAUUAAAACUGUCUACCAGUGUAGGCAGGAUGAACACCCUCCCUAGCCCUGGCCAGGAGGGGUGCAGGGGGGUGCUAUUUUUCAUGAUAAAGCAAAAAAUUAUCAGAGACAAAAUGAGAUUCAGUAAUUUGAGUAAUAACAUGAUGAUAAGCGAACUGUGAACAACAAUUACAAUUCAAAUACUGUAGCUAGACUUUGCAGUGGUUAAGCAAGUUGAUGGAUGUGUAAAGUCACUGGAAAGCAAUUGCAACGUACUCGUCCGGAAAAAAUGUUUCCCUAAAAAGUUGUCGAUGGGGGGGGAGGUUGUUGCUUUCCGAAAAUUUUUUUUGGCGGAGCACCCCCCCCCCCCUACCAGACCAUGCUGGAUCCAUCCCUGAGUGUAGGUAGUACCAAUGUAGAAAUGCUGUGCUGAGUGGUUAUAUUACUACCUUAAAAAGUAAGCAGAAACUCGACGUUUCGAGCGAAGGCCCUUAGUCAAGAGUUAGUAGCAGGGAUCCAACUACCUCCCUUUUUUAAGGUAGUAAUAUAACCACUCAGCACAGCAUUUUUACAUGUAUACUAUUUGAAAACGAGGAACCAUAAAGCUUUAAUUAUUUAGGACCCCUAGAUUAUCAGUUUUCAAUAAUUAAUUGAUUACAUUAGGGCACCAGUUCAAGUGUUUUUCAAAGGAAGGUAGAAAUGUGAUUAAUAUGGUUGCAUGGGAGGAAGAUAGUAUAAGGUAUAAUGACAAAAUUAGUAAAAUCUAGUAAGAUAAUCGAGAGCAAAAUUAUAAAUUUGACUUAUCAACAUUAUAAUCAUAAAUAUUUAUCAAAAACUUAUCACACAUAUUUAUCUUCUAGGCCAAGAAACAAGAAGAAUCAGAGUCGAUGGCAUCGAACAUACAACAGACAUUUCUCCCAAGACCACUUUGAAUGUUUUGGAAAUUCAUGAGAUUAACUACAGGAAUGAAUUAAAAACAUCGAUUCUGUAUCUCCAGCAAAGACUGUUAAAUAGGUAAAGCUACAUUUGAUAUAUGUUUUAAUACCCUUGAAAUAUCAGUGAAAACACGACCCAAAUAACCCAUCAGAAAUGUCGUUGAAUUUCUACUUGUGACGAGCAUUUUGCCAGUGAAGUAACCCG